CGUUUUCAGAUUCCGUAUUCUAGAAAUGACCACCAAGGACAUAUCGGAGAGAAUUUUUCAUUUCUUCUUUAAACUGAUUCCAGAGGCAGGACUAGGAGCUAGGUUCAACAAAGAGACAAUAAGUUCAAUGAUCAGAGAAUCCGUGAAACUAUCUAAACUGUCCGAACUUGAUAUCUGGGACGAUGUUGCUAUGCUACAGGAUUAUCAGGUUGGGCAGAGCUGUAAAAUACUUCUUCUAGCUCUUUGUGAGAAUCUGAGGUUUGGGAGCAAAGAAUCCGAGGAGCUUCUCGCCCAACUCCGCUCCCAACUUGGAUAUCAUGACCUAGAAUAUGAGUUUUGUAUUGAGCAGCGAAAUCUUGUCAGGGAUGAUUUUCUGUAUUUCUCUGGGAAACUAAAAAACACUCCUCAGUAUUCUCAACUUAAGGUCUAUCUGAAGCUAGUAAACCUAUCCCGGAUAUUGGAGAUUAAUCAACAGAAGUUUGAUGCUGAGAUUCAUCACAUCACUAAUUCAGGUCAGACCGAAAAACUUGUAUUAAUCCUUGGAUGUCCCCAAUCCUCCUCUGUGGAUUGCGUUGAUGCCGCGGAACGAAUUUUAGUCAACCUGAAACAAGAACUAGAUUGGAAGAUGUUGGAAAAUAUCUCCCCUAAUUCUCUUAUCCCUGCUGUAACUCGGUGGCCGGAGUUAAGACUAAAAAUCUUUGAUGUGCUCCGGGAGCAACUAACCGGGGAUCUGCUUGAACCAGAGAAGAUCUAUAUUCUUGGAGAUUUUAUUGUCGGACAGGUGUUAGAGGAUAGGAACCAAUGGACUAAAACCCCAACCCGGAGCCAGGAAAAGAAAUACAACAGUUUCUCUGGACAUCUUCUCAGGUUCCUGGAUACCCUGGAGAUACCAGUUCUAAAGCUAGAGCUCCUCAACUAUAUUUCAGAGAAGAUAAAGCACAGCUAAAUUUACAGUUCUAGACAAAUUAAAUAAUUAAUUCCUAAACGUCUUUCAAGAAAAUUAGAAUAUUCGGAGUGAGCUAUAACUUGUUCCGAAGGGAAAUCAGAAGGAAAAGAAUGUUGAUGAAGAAAGGAAAAAACUGGAACGUUGAAAAACACAAUUACCUCAAACUUUUAUAAAAGAUUUUAGAUUUUAUUUUUAGAGUAUAUAGAUCUGUAAAGAAAGUAACAAUAAAGGCGAAUAUAUGUUUUAAA